AUGGACCACGCGUCACAGACUGCGGUGAUGCUCCUGGCCAUUGCUCCGUAUGGAGGUUGUACGCUGCACCAUCUGAUUACGGCAUCGAAUGUGCUCAACCCUGCUGCGGGGCGAUCGACGUCGUCGCCAGGCACUCCUUCGCCAAUGACCUCGCACGAGCUUACCAAACCACCCAGCCAACCCGAGUCAAGGCAACUACCCCCGCAGGAGAGUGCUGAAGUUGUGUCAGAGCCUGAUGAGCAGCAAUUAAGGCGCGCUCAGCUUGCAGCGCUCAGUUUUGCCAUCGCCUGCAGCUCAAAGGUGCUCUUGCUUGGCUCUUCGAGCGGAGGCACAGUCCAGGUGCCAUUUACCAUUGUAACUGAGCUCUUGCCUCGAGCGACACGGCUGCUCCGAGAAAUGGCGCCGUCCAUUGUGCUCCCGGAACCUUGCCAACUUUCGGUGCUGCAUUCACCUGGCGAGGCUCGCUUUGACUUUGCGGCAUCGGCUGCGGCCCUCCGCGCCGUGCUACUGCAACAUCUCUUGGAUCCCACCGUAUUGAGUGUACCAGCGAAUGACGCGCAGUUGCUCAUCUGCGAGCCUUUCGACCCGAAACGCGGCGGCGGGUCUGUUGACGCCAUCAUCGGGCUCUUUGCGCGAACCCAGCUGAUGCCGAAUGGCCGUGCAUCCGCGCCGUUCGUUGCUCAUGAAUGGGCCAAGCAGCGGUCGCGCGCUUUAAAACUCGAAAACCAUCUAAUUGAAUUCGUCGCCACCAUUCGGGAGCAUCUCUUUCCCUCAUUUACUCCUCCACAGCGAGAGAUACAGCGUCGCCUAGCCGAUCCGGAUUUGAUUUUUGCUCGCAGACAAUGUGAACGAGCUCUUGCUUUUGGUAAAAAUGUCUACCUUGACUCUUUGCCGGCAGUGUACCACGAAGAUGUGCAUCGUUCUCAGUCCAAGAAGGCCGUGCGCGCGUAUCUGCUGAAUGCGUGCGUUGGUCCAUACCAAGCUUCUUGUCUGCAAACGCUAACAGAGUCGUGCCUCGCUGUUUGGCAGAACGGUCGCAUGGCCUGCUCUGCCGUCAGUGUUGCGGGACUGCGAUGUGAGAAUCCGGCCGCCGCAGCCGAUAGUCCAGCUCAUCAACACUCCGCAUACCCAUUGUCUGGACUGUGUCCCUGCGGCAUGACAAAAUGUCUCCCUGCGAGCCAGUAUCAACUCGAGGAUGCCAACAUGUACGGUGCCGAAGCUGACUGCUGUCGCCAGCUCGUCCAGUUUCGACCCAGUCUUGUCCAACAAAUCAGCAAAUCGUCGGAUGUGCCAAACCCCAGGAAGCAGCAACAUGAGCUGUCUCCUUCGAAGGUCGGCAUUUUUAUCGCUUCGGCCAAGCGGUACAAGCGCAAAAACGGACUGCCAUCGCCGCCAUUUGCAGAGGACGGUCGGUUUCUGAAAGAGUGGGACGUUUAUGCCACUGGCAGCAAGAGUGGACUCGGCACCAGUCAGAAAGCGGCACGCGACGAUGCGUGGCAAGUGACACAAGUUGAUGCCCUCGGAGGCGUCGCGUGGCCCUCGCCGCAAGAAUCCUCUCAAUCCAAGGCCUCGGCUCGCGUUUUGAUUGGAAUUGCGUACGAAGACCAAGCCGCCACCUGUCAUGCGCGAUGCAUCCCGAUUGUCUGCAAAAGUGACCCGGCUCCCUCCAGCUCCCACGUAUCGUUGGAUGUUGGUUCCAUCCCAAUUUUCCGGCCGUGCUCUGACUGUUCACACAAUGCUCAGUCGCAAUUGUCGCACCUGUUUGUCGUCACGCCCGGAGCUGCUUUCCGGACUUUUCUCAAGCUCGCGGUAAAGUUUCGGGUUCGAUCGACCACCGCAUCUCCCAAAGCCGGGCCCGCCCCUGAAUCCUUGUUUGAAUUUGCUUUGGGUGGCUUGGAAGCGUUAGAACUUCCUGCUGAUUCGUUUAUUUCCAUUCGAUUUCCGCGGCACUAUGUCACCGCGCAGGGAGUCUGGAUGCCAAUCCCUACAUUCAUCAAUCCCGAUUCCGCAGUUCCGUUCCGGUCGUCCCGUCCGGACUGCGCGUUCGCCUUUGUGGGGGCAGAGUUACAGCCAGGCUUUCUUUCAGUUACGCAUUCCACAUCAUAA